GGACGGAGUGAAUGCCAUUCCAUCGUUCUUGGUGGGCCGCUUUCUUGAUACUAUCUGCGUUCGUUCAUGUUCAACUCCCGCCUGGAUUUCUCGGUUAUCCCGGGUUGGAUAGGAUUCAGGAAUUGUCCCUUCUUCGUGGAAACACCGGACGCAAUCUAUCCUUUUGUAACACAAGUUGAAGAAUCCCAU